AUGUCGACGCCCAUCAGUACACCGGCGGAGAGUGGUGCCAUGCAGCAAACGCCCGCGUCUGCUACCGCAGAUGACAACAGCAUGAGCGACAUUCCGCGUCGAUCAAUGCGAGUCAAGGUACUGUACACGUUCGACGAUCAGAACAAGUCAAACUGCCUGGCCCGACUGCCGAACGCGUUCGACGUCCCCGUUGUCUCACUCGACGAGAACACGCAAGUAGGAGUCAUUGAGCUUAAGACAUGCAUCCAGGCAAUAGUCUCUUCAAGUCCCGAGCUCGUUGCGAAACUGGGCCAUGACUACACCGUCUACGCCUACGACUUUUCCGAAUACGAGACGCCUCUAGUCGGGCAAGGAAUGCUGUCAUGGAUCCUUGCCUCCGCCUCCUCGACACCCAAUGCUCCUGCCGACGAGUCCCAGACCAUGGUCACCGGUCGUGUGUGUCAAAAUAUGCAAGGACUUUUCGGGAAAGGCUUGAAGGAGACUUUGGAGGUUAAGCUGAAGCUGGUGCCUGUCCCAACAAGCAUGCAACAUGAAUAUGUCGAGAACAUGGAGAGAUACCACAGCCUGAGUCAGCUGAUGCCAGAAGGUUUCGACUACAAUGCCUGGUCCGACUUCCUGAAAGAGAACCCCGCCUUGAGCCAACUUGCCCAGCCAAUGCCCACAAUGCCCGGCCACACUUCUCAGCGCUCGUCUGUCGGAGGGUUUGAGCCAUUCCAUCAGAUGCUCACCCGCAACAGCCCGUCACAGGAUCCUAUGCGGACCGACUCUUUCUACGACCAAUCGAAUUUGUCAUUCAACACACAGCCGACCCGUGCCUCUAGUCCAGCCAUGAGCACCCUUUCCUUCCACCACUACCAGUACAACCCAGACUCCCGACCAGCAUCCCGCGCAUCUGUGCGAAGCGACGUCAUCCCGCCGCAGCACUAUCAAAGUCAAGAUCAGUACAUGUUUGAGCAGCAAGAGGAGGGCCCUCCAAAAAAGCGCGCCCGUAUCAUUCAGACGAAGAGGCCCAAGAAGACGCCAUUGACGGCACACAACGAUUCGCUUCGUGUGACGGCUAGCACAGCGGCAUCUCGCGGAAGUCGUCGCCUGCCAGCUCCCAGUGCGUUACGACAUGCAUCCAUGGACCAAAGCCAACCGUACAUGUCGCCAUAUGAUCCAAGCAUGUUUUCCGAUACCGCCGUAGAUUCGACAGAUGACGAGAGAGGAGAGAGUCCGGGAGACACACCCAUGGACAUGCCUUCCUCUCCUCCACUCGCACCUCAACGUACGGCGUCCCCUGAUCCAUCCAGCCCACCUUUACCUACCCUACCGCUGCCCAAUGACUCUGGUUUCGUUAGUGACAUGCCACUAGGUCUGGAAGAGGACGGCAUGGACUUCGGAAGUAACAUCUGGGACGGCAGUGACUUGCCCGUUGCCACUGAAACCCGCAUACGCAGACGCCAGGACCGAUCAGGUAACCCUUGGCAACAGGUCAAUCCAGGCCCUGUCGACCGAUUACCGCAAUCAUAUGUACCGAAGCCGAAGCAACACUACCGUAAACCUUUACCGCAGCAGAUUGCACAAAGUAUCGAGCAGCAGCCGAAUGCUCAUGGAAACUCACCAGACGCGACUGCUUCACAUGUUUCGCCUGUCAGUGAGGUUGAUGCACAUGUCUAUAGCCGCUCUGCAACUCCGAACCUGCCUCCGCAGAAGGCUAAAGCGUCCAGGGGCAAGGGACUCUCGAGGUCUCAAACAUGGUCGGGAACAGGCGAGCCCAUGUCAGAUGCUCCUAUGCCAUCGGACUCUGCCAAUCCUCGAAGUGGAUCCGGUGCCAGACGAAAGAAGUAUAUCAAAGAGAAGAUGGAGCAAGCCAUUGCUGCGGGCGAACUACCACCACACUGCAAGAACUGCGGAGAGAUCGACACACCAACUUGGAGGAAGGCUUUCACCCGCGUUGAAGAAGGCACGCCAAAUGAUAUUGAAAUUUCCAAGGAUGCAACAGGGACGGGUAUCAUUGCUUACGAAGUCAUUGAACCUUCUGAAGAGAAUGGUGGGCUCCUAUCCUAUCGAGUCUUCAAGAACAAGGUCACGCGCGAGGAACUAGACGGCAAGAAGUUUGAGGAUCUUAAUUUGUGCAACCCAUGUGGGCUGUGGCUUAUCAAGAAGGGCUCAAUGCGGCCACGGAAGCUCUGGGACAAGUCAGAUCGUGGAACGAAGCGCAAACGCCAGACAACAGCUGCACGUACCAAAUCAAUCAGCAUGGAUGACGGCCCAGCGUCGGACGCCCCUGUACCGCACUCUGAGCCGAUCAUGCCAGAAGAGAGUGCGGGAGCCAUCCCGACAGUUGAUGGUAGUGCGGAUCCUACUAUGCCCCCUCCGCCACCUUCUCUCGGACGGGCAACCAGCUGCAUGUCAUCGAUAAAUGCCUCUGAGUUGGACAAGGAAGCUGCAGAAGAAGCAUUGAGGCGAGCUAUUCAGUCAAGCCCUGCAGGCGUUCGAGGGAGCAGACAUUCUCCCAUUGAUGUUGACCCUGACUUGACGCCAAAGCCAACGCGCCGACUACUCUUUCCUUCGCCACGUAAGGACGGCCAAGCGAAGUCUCUGUCACCACAUCCACCACAUCCUCGAACGGUUUCAGAUGAUGGCAACAGGGACGUCGUACCAGACAGGCCACGGUGCCAAAGAUGUAAAAAGUUGCAUCGGGCCUGUGAUCGAGAACGGCCGUGCAACACCUGUGAUAACGCGGGGAUUGGGUUUGACGGUUGCGUUCCCUCAGCGAUGCCGAGAACUAACUGGUUCGAGACGCCUGUUGUACAAAUGGCCAAUGUUGAACAGGAGAACCCAGAUAAGGAGAACUGCCCACCGCCACUAGCUCAAGAAGAGGAUGACCUUGCGCACCUUUUUGAGGAUUCAGCAUCUCCCAAGACUACGCCACAGAAGGAUAUGACGUUUCAAGACUUACUGAAGACUCCGACUCCUGGCUCGCGCCGUAGGAACGCUCUUACUCCUAGAAGAGAGACGCCCUUCACUCGACAGCUCAACGCCAUGCUUUCAGACGGUGGCAACUUCUCAUCUCCAUCUCAAGCUCUUGACUUCAACAACUUCCCAACCUUCAACACUCCAGGACGCCAAUAUGCUGACUUCAUGAACGACGAAUUCCUGUCUAGCGACAUGGGCAUGCAAAGUUCGCCACCCAAAAACGGCACACUAGGUCUCGGCUUCGAACUCUACGAAGACCCCAUCACCUCGACGACUGGCCUGUGGAACGGCGCAAGCAUGUUCGGCAGCGACUCCAUGUUGCACAGCUUCGACAACGAUGUAAAGAUGGAAUUGAACAAUGGCCAGGAAACCGCUGCGUUGCUUAAGAUGAACGUGGGCGGUAUCACCAUGGACUUUGCCGCCAUCAUCGAGGAAGUGGUGGCUAAUAACAACGGCGAACAACAAGACACCGAGACGGCGAUAAGUCCUGAGGAUCAGAGUCAGGGGCUCGGACAAACGCCUGAGAUGCAACUUGCUGAGUAG